AUGGCAGCCAACAGCUCCGGCGCUCAGGAUGCUCCCCUGGACGGCAGCUUGCUGGGCACCGAGGACCUCCUCUCCGACUGGUACAUCUAUGAACCCCUGGAACCGGCCGUGCCACAGGACGACAUGUUCCCCAGUGCCAUCCCAGAGUGUGACCCCACCAUCACCCCCAGACUCUACCACAUCUGCAUGGCACCUGUCUCUCUGGUGGUGCUGAUGGGCUUGUCCUUGCUGGUGAAACGCAGACGUCUCCAUCAGAGCUGCUGGAAUGGUGUCCCAGGGCUGCUCAGCCCAGCCAACUUCCUGGAGGAGGAAAGCAACCGAGGGCCUGUGGCUGCAGUCUUUGGCAUCCUCUUCUCCUCCCUCUGCGUGCUGGUCCUGGACCAGGACCCUCUGCCCUUCCUCACCCACUCCUCCCAGAGCAGCAGGGAGUACUGGAAGAUCCUGGCCUUGCUCUACUACCCUGCCUUCUACUACCCACUGGUGGCUUGUGCCACCCUAGGGCACAGGCUGGGCUACCUCCUGGGCUGCCUUCUCUCCUGGUGCCACUGCUUGGUCCACGUCUGGCAGAAGGUGGAUUGUCCCCAGUCACCAAAAAUCUACAGGUACUACUCCACCCUCUCCUACCUCCCCAUCAUCGUCUGCCUGCUGCUUUUAAGCCUCUGGUAUCCAGCUUUGCUCAUCAGGAGCUUCACUAACCAGGAGGAUAAGGAGGUUGCUGGGCGAGGUUAUUACAAGAGGUACCUAAAGGCUCUCCUCUCCAAACGCCUGCAGAAGGGAAGCUCCACCAAGCUAGAAGAGAGCUUCCUCUCAAGGCUGCAGGAGUAUUUCCGCUCCUACAUCUACACCCCUGAGGAAGGUUUCCACAUCCCUCUGAAGCUGAUCCUCUCCAUGACCACAGCUGUGAUCGCUGUCUACCAGGUUGCCCUCUUGCUCCUGGUGGCUGUCAUCCCCACCAUCCAGAUUGUGAGGGCAGGGAUGACAAAGGACAUUGUGGUGCUGUUGGUGCAGUUUGGCUUGGUGCCCUCGGACAACCCAGCCGUGCCCAGCGACAUGGAGAAGGAGCUCAGCACUGCCAAGUACUACCUGUGGUCGUUGGAGGUCUGCUACAUCUGCUCGCUGGUGCUGUGCUGCCUGCUGACCUGUGCCAUGCUCCUCAGGACCUUGGUGAUGCACAGGAGCAACCUGAGGGCCCUUUACCAAGGGGCUGUGCUGGAUGUCUUCUACAAAGCCCACAUCCUCCGCCCAUCCCGACGAGCCAUCGUCUGCUGGAUGAGCUUUGCUGCCUUCCAGACGGCUUUUACCUGCCUAGGUCUCCUCAUCCAGCAAGUGAUUUUCUUCGUCUGCUCGGUGGCAUUUACCUUCCUCUUCGUCAUCCCCCUGCAGGCUGGCACAAGCAGUCCUCUCUUCAAAGCCAUUCAGAACAUGUGGCCCUUCUGGUUGACCUUGGUUGUUGCUGUCCUGGUGCAGACUUUGGCAGCUCACUACCAGUUCCUGGAGCAGCAUCCCCUCAGGAAGGAGCUCACCAACAGGCGAGCUCUCUACAUAGUCACCUACCUGCUCUUCCCCAUCAACGUGCUGGUAGGGGUCCUGGCAGGGGUGUGGAGAAUGAUCAUUUCUGGCCUCUAUAAUGCUGUCCACUUCUGCCAGCUGGACAUCAGCCUGAUGAACAGAGGAGUGGAGACCUUUGACCCAGGCUACCACUCAUACUGCCACUACCUGAAAAUCGAGGUCAGCCAAUCCCACCCAGUGAUGAAAGCUUUCUGCUUGCUGCUCCUCCAACCAGCCAGGCCAGAGGGGUCACCAGAGCUUCAGGCCAGCAACGUGGAAGAAGGCAUCCAGCUGAUGCAAGCUAAGAAGGCAGCUCGAAGCAGAGGCAGGUUCCAGCAGAGCAGAGCUCGUUGGUGGUUGGCCUACACCCUCCUCAACAACCCUUCGCUGACCGCUUGCCGCAAAACCGCCCUCUGCGACCCCACUGCCAACGGCACUCAGCUCAGCCCUGCCAAGCCCUGACCUCCAAAGAACCCCCACCCCAGCCACCCACACACACACUCCCACCUCUCUCUUGUCUCCCUAUCCCAUCCUCAGCUUCCCAUUGACUCUCUUCCUGAGUUAAGAACCUCUCCAACCCUCCGGUCCUCUCUCCGGCGGUUGUCUUAGCUCUUGGUUCAUGCUGAGCCAUUCCUGAGGGCCAGAGUUUGAAGACAACUAAGUCAGCUCCAAACCUGACCUGGAGAGAGAGAGAGAGAGAAAGAGAGAGGUUAAUGAGCCAACCCUUUCAGGUGUCUCAGAAACAUGGCAGCAGUCACUGCUGCAAUGAGCCCACCAGUUCUCAACGCUUGUCUCCACAGCAUGCAGCAAGGCAGGGCUGAGACCUCAGCACCAGGGCAGCUGAGAGAGAGAGAGAAGGUAGAGGGGUGGGUGUGGAUGGAUCCUUAACCAGUUUAAGCACAAGGAACCAAC